CUAAAGUUUACAAACAAGUAGGCCUUACUUUCUGAUAUGCCAAGAACUCUGUAGGGACAACUCAUUCGGCACAAUUUAUUUGCUCGCUAUCAUCGCAUCGCUUUAGACGAAAAAAAAAUCAUUUUAAAAAAUUUAACUAUGUGGUCAACGCUGCGUAAUCCAGUUCGCAAGAUUUGCAGACCGCUUAACCGCUACGGACACGGUUAUCCUGGUGGUUGCCCAGGAGCGAACUUACCCUUUAACUUGGAUAGUCCAAUGCGCUUUACCUUGUUCUUUUUCAUUGCCGGAGUUAUCGGCUUUGGAGCUCCAGCUUUGGUCUUUCGCCACCAAAUGCUGCGCGUUGUUACGGACGAGCCCAAAGAAGAUACUACAUAGUCCCCGUUCGUUACUCCAAAUUUGUUUAAAAUGCGAUUGAAUAAAAUAUAAUUGAUGGCAUUGCA